AUGACACUCAAAUUGCUUAUGAAUUCGACAUGGGGAUAUUCCAUUAAGAAACCUCAAGAGAUGAAGAGUAAACAUUAUGAGAAGGUCGACAACUUUAUUGAAAGGUUUUCUCCUUUUGUUUUGAAGUACGAAUUCACUCAAGGUCAAAGUGGCUUAGUAACCACAUUAAAACCUAUUGUCGAACAUUGGUCUUACCCUCAGUUCGCAAAAGCAGUCCUUGACAACUACAACAAAUUCUUCUCCGAAGUCAAAUCCAAAGUGAAGGUUUACUAUGAGAACAUUGACGCACUCAUGACGAACGAAGAAGGCUAUAACAAACUCAUUGAAACGGGUUUAGUCGGUGAAAAGAUGGGCUGUUUUAAGCUAGAUAAGGUAUUUUCCGAAGUUCAUGUAAUAUCGAAAAGGAAAUAUUGGGGCAUACUUGAAGACGGCACAGAAAUAAAACAUUGCAUGAAAUAA